GAGGCCCCGACAGCCGCCCCGCGGGCGCCGGAGGAACCCCACAGCGGGGCAGGGCGGCGGGCAUUUGGCUGGGGCCGGCGCGGCUCCGCCCGGCGAGGCGGGGCUGGUGGCCGCCAUGGCGGAGUGGGGCCGAGGUCAGAGUCCGGGUGCCGUGGAGGAUAUGCUGGAUGUAGAGAACAAGCGUAUGGCAGACACCCUAGCCAACAAGGUCACCAGGCUGAAGUCGCUGGCUCUGGAUAUUGACAAAGAUGCUGAUGAACAAAACCGUUACCUGGAUGGCAUGGAUUCAGAUUUUAUGAGUGUGACUGGCCUGCUAACCGGCAGUGUGAAGCGUUUCUCCACCAUGACACGAUCUGGGAGGGAUAAUCGCAAGUUGCUCUGUUCUGUUUCAGCAGGACUGAUUGUUGUUUUCUUCAUCCUCUACUAUCUUGUGUCAAAAGCAGGGACUUGAGCUUGUUCUGCAAGUUUUACAGAUCAAAAAACAUGACGAUUGACAGACUUGUUCAAUGCCUUUCUUAGUCUGCCCUGUGGUGGAGUCUUUGAGAUGUUCCAGACAGACCUUCCAAAUAAUUUUUCUUUCCACCAGCCUCUUGUCAUUGUUCUGACUGGUCUCAGACAUCUCUUUAUAAAAUGAGUAUGUUUGAUUCUAAAUGGAUUUUCAUGUCUAACACAAUUUUGAUGGUGUUAAAUGCUUACGCCUUUAUCUCUUGCCUUGUCCAUGUCUUGGGGCCUAUUUUUAAGGGCCACUUUUGUGUUACCUCCUUACUGAUACUGAGCACUAAGCUUGUGAGCAGAUGUGGCUGAGAAAUCCAGAGACUUGUUGAUACUUAAAUGUUUAAUAAACCAGCUGAGCUUUGGAAGCUGUAGAGUUUAGGAUGUCGAUUUAUCACAUUUGUUAGUAUGAAUCUGUGACUUACAUUCCAGUGUGGCCCCUCAGCUAAUACCUGGUCUCAGUUUCCCCUUGACUUGGGGACCUGUUAAUAUCCUCGGUGUCCCUGGGUUGAAAUGAAAUCUGUACUGCUUUGAAAUGAAGUUAGCAGUAGAUCUGGACCCUGGUACUCUCUCAUUGUUGCAGUGAAGUGUUGCAGAGGAGCAAGACUAGCUUGGUCAUCUUUAUCAGCCUGGGUAAAGCUGGGGAUGAACCCUGCAAGAAAGGUCCAUAAGCCACCUUGAUUUACACACAUAUAGUAUCUUCCAGUACCUUCCCACGCACUUGCAAAUGCACUCCCUUAGACUAUUAAAUCAGUGUGAAGAAAAUCUGAUAGCAAAAGGUUCUCUUAAUUUCAGUUAUUGUGGUACCCUGGUAUUUGGGCACUUUGGGAAGAUGUGCAAAUAAAAGCAGAGGUUGAGGUCAAGUGAAAUGUCCCAAACAGUGGUGGUGGGGUAGUGGCAAGAGGUCAAGGAAAGAUUUGAUCGGAGGGUUGAUUUAUUUAUUUAUUCAUGUAGAAAGUAACGUAAGAAGCGCUUGCUUUGCCUUUGGUAGUGCUUUGGGGAUCCCUGCCUGCAACACUCCUGUCAGAUGUGUGGCGAGGCACAUCCCUGCCGGCUUUGUUUGCGAAGCAGUCAUUCCCGAUGAAGGUGCAAUGCAUGCCAGAUUUCCUCUCCUGAGGUGGUGCACGCAGCUCUGGGAGUGCAGUACCUGGGAAAUCCAUCUUCCCUUCACCCACCCUGCCUUUCGCUGGGCUGCUUGCUCGCCUCAUGACCCCAUUCUUCCAUACCUGAAUUAUUUAAGUCUUGCCUAUGAUUGAAGUAAGAGAUCUGUAACUUUAAAAAUACUGUGUGUGUUAGGGGAAAGAAAAAAUAAUUUAAAAUCAAACACUCGUCUCUUCAGACAAACCCCCCACUGCCUGUUGUAUAAACCUUCCACUUUCCAAAGCAGCUGAGCAGAGCUGCUGUGUUUCAUCUUGUCUGUUUUCUGUACCAACUGCUCAUGUGUUCUGGUUUUCCUUUUUGAAAGUCUUUGCUUAUUUGCUUCUCUUACCUUCCUGUAACAACUGCCUCUGCAGGACUGAAGUAUUCUUCCUCUGAUUUUACAGUCUUUCUCCUCUCCAGCAAGCCUAUAUUCAUCAAUGACUGGAUGUUUCCUUUGGCCUUCCCCUUGUACCCAUUAGGAAUUCUUUGUCCUUGGACUAAGCCGGAUCUAGAUCUGUAAAUGGACUGUGUUGUCCUUUGUUCUGGCUGUACCAAACUGCUAACAAAAUACUCUCAUAACUGGAUUAGAUGUCUUCCCCCUGUCUCGCCCCAUGUGGGAAAAAAAAUGCAGGGAAGGCAAGUAGAAAGGAGGCAGCAAUGACUGUCUUUGGUUCUUCCUGCUUCUCUGGUAAGAUGUGGCAGCUCUGAACUCUUUUUGUUUGGCAGAAUGAUGGGUGAAUUGAUGGACUUUGUUUUUAUUUUCUGAAGCAGAUGACUUAUGAUGAAAGGCCACUGAAUGGCCUGGUCUUCACAGUGGUGGUGGGGUUUAUUUGUUUUUACUGUUGUAAAUAAAGUUCUGUUUUUAGAA